GUGGCGACGGGCGAGUCAUGGCUUCGGCGGGCAGCAGCCUCGGCGGGGGGGAGGCCGAGCGCCCGCACCCCAGGCCCUUCCUGAUCGGGGUGAGCGGAGGCACCGCCAGCGGCAAGACUCCCAAGUGAAAGGAGUUUGUUCGAUCUCAUCUCUGGUUGUGGAUAGAUCAGCCUCUCGAGGCAGCAGCGGAGAACCAGGCCUCCUGGGGUCUAUCCCCAGCACCGUCACCAUCUUGUGUGACUUUGGGCAAGUCACUUCACCCAUCUCUGUUCCCCAAUCUACCAGGGACCAGACCAUCGCACCUACUUCCCUUCACCAUCUGAGUGAUCCUGGCUAGCUAACACAGGCUCAAUCUCCUGGGGUUCAAACACAUGGCAAAACGUGGGACAAAGACUCAAAAUGAGACAUGAGAAAAGGGCAGGUGCUUUAAAGGACACAGGCUUCCAUACGUCAGCAGCAGUUUUCUUCUCCCUUGCCGCAGUUGAAUGAGGCAACAUUUCUGUCGUCAGUGAUUUACCAUGAUAAAAUCCACAGUAUGUGAGAAAAUCAUGGAGCUCCUGGGACAAAAUGAGGUGGAUCAUCACCAACGAAAGCUCAUCAUUCUGAGCCAGGACAGGUUCUACAAGGUCCUCACUGCAGACCAAAAAGCCAAGGCAUUGAAGGGACAGUACAACUUUGAUCACCCAGGUGCUUUUGAUAAUGAUUUGAUGCACACAACCCUGAAAAAUAUUGUGGAGGGAAAAACUGUAGAGGUGCCGACCUAUGAUUUUGUAACCCAUUCCAGGUUGGCAGAGACAACAGUGGUCUAUCCUGCAGACGUGGUUCUUUUUGAGGGGAUCCUGGUAUUCUAUAACCAAGAUAUUCGGGAUAUGUUCCAUCUCCGACUCUUUGUUGACACAGACUCUGAUGUCCGGCUGUCCCGCAGAGUUCUUCGAGAUAUGAAGCGCGGGAGGGACCUAGAGCAGAUCCUGACUCAGUACACAACCUUCGUCAAACCUGCCUUUGAGGAGUUCUGCUUGCCGACAAAGAAGUAUGCUGAUGUGAUUAUUCCUCGUGGAGUCGACAAUAUGGUUGCUAUAAACCUCAUUGUGCAGCACAUCCAGGACAUUUUGAAUGGCGACAUCUGCAAGUGGCAGAGAGGGGCGAUGAAUGGGCAUGGCCGGACAUACAAGCGAUCGUUCCCUGAGCAAGCAGAGGGCAGCACCAUGCUGGCAGCUGGCAAACGAUCUCAUCUGGAGUCCAGCAGCCGUCCCCACUAACCAGCUGGGGGGCUGAAGAAGUUGCCUCUGUUCCAGACCAACUUUUUUAACAAACUGGUUUGGGACGUGCCCAUAGCAAUUUAGGGGCAGAUUCAAGAGGGUUGUGUGUGUGUGUGUCUUCUCACAGAGGAGAGGAAGGAGCUGGAUUAUUGACCCAGGACCUGGUGUUAGAUGGCAUUGUUUGCUGAAAUCCCCCUAGGAAUUAAAUCUAGUGGGGCACAAGAUCAUUGAUCUCCCCUCAUGGUGCUUUUCCUUAGCAGCAUGGUUGGCUGCCAGGAAAAAACAUCUCUUUGCUCCAAGUGAGACGCAGCAAAGAGCCUUGUUUUUAAACAAGCAGGUACAGGGCCCAACUGCCCCCUGAGAUUUCCCUUCUCCACAGAUCCAGCAUUGCCAUGGACAGAAGGGCCACAGUUCACCCUUGUGUGGGGAAAAGGACUGAUCUCUGCUGUUGUGCCAAUAAUGAGAAGUCUGUUUUACUCAGGGCUGAGCAAAAUUAGGCUUCUCUUGGGCAACAGGCAAUUUACAAAGGAGCAGUGGGGCUCCACCUUCCAGUUGAGGUGUUUUGUCACUAACUACACUCUCUGUAGCAUAGACUUUAGUUUUUGUGCCCAAAGCAUAACUAGGUGGAGUGCCUCAUGACAGGAAGGCUGCACCCAAGUCAGAGUCUGCUGAGCCGAAUUCAUUUGCAGACAUGGUUUAUAGUUCUCAUUCCUUCCCCAAAGCCACGUUAAAGCUCAGAGUGCUGUGGCACAUCCUAAAAUGAGCAGAAGGAAGGCUGAAAACUUAAUGUGAAAUCCCAGGCUCUAGCUUAGUGCUCCCUCUCUCAUUCCAAACACCAAUUGGUACCUCCUGUCUAUCAUGUAUAGUCUGUAAAUGCAGGCUUAAGCCUAGCAGGAAAAAUUGGUUAUGGUUGAAGAUGAACUUUUUUCAUCUCUUAUAAAAGCAAAGCCUGGCUCAAGUGGUUGUGCUGCUUUGAUUAAUAAACCCAUGAAAAAACAACAGCCACAUGGAUGUAACCAUUUUAUAUAAAUGUAUUUUCACACACACACCCCCGCCAGCACAGACAUACCCAAAGGAACAGUCUCAGUAGGAGCUUUAAAGAAGAGCCCCAAAGGGGUGUCUAAACAGCAAGGGGAGCAGGAAUGAGCAAACAAAUCCCUGUGUAGUGCUUUUAAUCUCCUCUCAGCCAUAGGGCGUUGGGCACUAGUGAGCUCUACUGUGUUGAGGGUGAGUUAGUUAAAGCUUCAGUGAAGUGUCACUAGGGUCUCCUCUAAAUGCAUCUAGUCAAAUAUGAGUCUCUUCCCUCCAAAGGUGGCAGCCUUGAACAACAGGCUGGUGGUUAGAACAUGAGGACACGCUAUAGUAAACAAUCUAGGCACCUGUUCUACACUAAAUAUCAAGGGUAGUUUGAGACAGUGCAGCUAACCUCUAAUACUGUAGACUUGCAAUGAGACUCAGUCAGGCUACAGAGUCUUACAUCAUCUGCCCCAUGGGGAUGCAUUUCUUACCAACAUAAAUUACAAGGCUUUUUACCCUGAGCCCCUAUCAAGAAAUGAAAGCAGAGUUACUUGUAAGCAUGAUCAGUUCUAUCUUGACAGGCUCCACUAGUGUUUGCGGAUCAAGAUGUCCCAGCUGUCCUUCCAGCGCAGGGCCCUUAGCUCAGCUGCUGAGAGGGUAGGCUCCCCAUAUGUCAGUGGGCUGAAUGUGCGAUAGACCAGGUAAACGGAAGAGAACCAGGCUACCAUCAAGGCACUGAAUGCAUUCUUAGGGAGUUGGGAUCUGAGAGAGAAAGAAAUGAAGUUAAAGCAAAGCUACCUACAUAGUCUAAUAGCAAGAGACUAGUGUAGCAAUUUGGAACUUUGCACUCUGCUACCUGUUAGACAUGGAGACCCCAGGAAACAGGUUGUGUCUUCUCACCUCCAAAGAAAUGUACUGCUAGAAAGGGCUGCAAUUUACCUUACCUGGCUCUGUACAAGCAUUAACUGAGUAAUUCUCCUCUGGGAGGCAGGGCAGUGUUACUACAGAUGGGACAUAAUGCAAUGUGCCCAAAGCCAGUGAACCCCAUCAUUUCACUACCUUUGGCCCCACUAAUUAGAACUGCAGGACACCCUGUAGAGUAUCCUGGGUACCUGCAGAGGUGAUCGGUCAGAUGCUGAAGUACAACAGGAAUCAGGAGAAUUUGGAAAGUGAGAGCAGGCAGGUAAUGGUACAGGAAAAGUGUCUUCUCCAUCAUGAAAAAGGGGAGGUAAUUCACAGCCCAGCCUCCCACGCAGAGUCCUCCAGCUGAUACCCAGAGCCUCCAAGCAUCUACAAGACAAGACAAGAAGGGCAACACACUGCUGAGCACUAAUCAGGACUCCGGAGAGGGUCUGCUACCAAACACCCUGGAAACUACCAACUGCAAGGACAGGCAAAUUUUCAAAAGUUCUUAUGUUGCACAUGUGGGAAUGGCUAGAUAACACUUCCCUAGCCACUUUGGCCAAAGGUUAUGCUGUGUAAAACUGCAUAGGAUCUUUAGUAGUCAUGCAGAGCAGACAGGACCUGUAUGCAUAAGGGCACCUCUAAAAUACCCAGGGCAGGUGAGCCCUGAUGGAUUCCAAAUCUGAUCCUUUGAGCAUUAAAGCAUCCAGGAAAUGCAUUGAUACUAUAUUCAGUGUAAUCUCCCAAAGAAAGGAUGGUGUCCUGCAAUAAAAAUUUCUGUCAGGAGAGCGCACAGCUCAUCAAGCUAACCAGGGGAGGUGUCUAGUUCUUUGUCUUAGACAGUCUGUUCCAUCAAGAGUAUCUGAACCCCAAUUAGAAUUCUCACAGCUUCUGUGCAGCAAGGUGUCAAACUGCUCUGUACAAGGCUACUUCUGUGGCUAAGGGAUCAGACCUUCAGGGAUGUCACAAAUCUUUCUCCGUCGUCGAAGCAAAUACCACAGGAACAGACACACAUAUACAAGAGUUGCAACAUUAGCUGAAGCCCAGGUGAGAACGUUCCCAAUCAGGUGGAUCUGAGCCUGUAGGAUAAGAGGUGGAAAACAGCGGUGAUUUUUUACUACAGAGAGAAGCCAAAAACUAAGUAUUACAUAGCUGUAUAAACCCAAAUCCAAAACCUCAGAAUUUACCUGACAAGCUUUGGCAAUCCCCUGUCCAUCUGGCUAUUGACAGUGGGGUGGCUGUAUUAUUUCAUAAUUGAUUUUUAUAUAUGGCAUUUGAAAGAAGCUGUCAGUGGUGGACUGAUGUUCUACACUGGAUCAAGUGAAUAUUAAAUUGCAAUUUUCUCUUUAAGUGUUAGCAGAAGAGAGUUGUUUACUUAAGGAACAAAGCUGUCAAAAACUGUAUCGAGUGCCUGCAGAACUCUCCAGUUUAUUUUCCCACUGUUGGGCAGCGGGUUAUAUCAACUGUCCUAUCUGGCAUUGUAAGGAACAUUUCAAGAGAAUGUGGGAGGGGAAAAGGAAAGCUUCUAUUAAAUUAAAAUGUGAAAUGUUUGUUUUA